UUUGUGAUCGCAAACUCUUUUUUUUUCCAAUGACCUGAUCAUUACAUUUUUUCACUCAACUCCUGUUUAUAUACAAUAUAUCAACAAGAUCAAUCACACGUUUUUCGGAUUUUACUCAUCAUCUUUGAUCAACUAUUUGCAUUUUACGAAAAGGGGAGAGCUUACUCUUCCUUGUUUUUGAUUCGAAUAAGUCUUGUCCAUUCUGAUCCAAUGGCUGCGAUCACUGAGAAUGAUCCAAUGGCUGUGAUCACUGAGAAUGUACACACUGAGAAGCACAUUGAUGUUGCCAAAGAUGUUCAUGAAAUUUGUGUCAAAAGCGAUAGCGAAAAGACCAUUGGUGAUGGAAUUGAGAAAAUCGCGAUCACGAGUUCCAAAAAGGAGUCUGAGCUCAAACCUGAAUCCGAGUUAGAUAUGAAGAAUAUUGUAGCGAUGUUCAAGAAACUGAACCCUUUGGCAAAGGAGUUUUUCCCUUCUUACCACAACAACACCAAGAAAAACAAUAAUACUGGGAAAGACAAUCAAAUUAUGCCGGCUGACGAUUUCGUGGCUAAAAAGAAUCAAUCCGGUGAAGAAUUUGAUCAUGAUCUCAAGAAGGAUGACAAUAACCGGAAGCGAAGAAACGGUUACAGCCAAGGGAGGAGGAGGUUAAAUGGAAGAAUUUCUAAGGCUGAGAGAGAGGAUAGUAUUAGAAGAACAGUAUAUGUUUCUGACAUUGACCAGAGUGUGACUGAGGAGGGUCUUGCUGGCUUGUUUAGUAACUGUGGACAAGUUGUUGACUGUCGAAUUUGUGGGGAUCCACAUUCAGUUCUUCGAUUUGCAUUUGUCGAGUUUGCUGAUGACCAGGGUGCAAGGGAAGCAUUAAGGCUUGGUGGAACGAUGCUUGGGUACUACCCGGUGAGGGUUUUACCCUCCAAAACUGCUAUUCUUCCAGUCAAUCCCACAUUUCUUCCCAGGUCAGAGGAUGAAAGGGAGAUGUGUUCAAGGACAAUCUAUUGCACAAAUAUCGACAAAAAGGUUUCUCAAGCUGAUGUGAGAAACUUUUUUGAGUCGGCAUGUGGUGAGGUAACUCGCCUAAGGCUUCUUGGCGAUCAACUGCAUUCAACUCGCAUAGCUUUUGUUGAAUUUGCUCUGGCAGAUAUAGCACUUAGGGCGCUCAGUUGCAGCGGGAUGGUCGUUGGAUCCCAACCUAUUAGGGUAAGUCCUUCAAAGACACCGGUGAGGCCACAAAUCACUCAACCACCUUCCACAAACUAGAGAGAGACCUGACAUUUCAUUUAUUUCAGUAAUCUUUUUUGUUUUCUGGUUUUCGUUAUCUUUUACUCUUUAGAACAGUUAUCUCCAGUUAUGUUAGUAGCUGGAAACACUAUGAUCCUGCUUCUGUCUUUGGAGAUCUUAUUAGUCUCUCUGUCUUUUCGACUGAGAUACUUUCAUCUGUUUCAUCAUCUUUCCUGUAUUGGAAUUUUGGAGCUUUUGCUUUUGAAAGUUGUUGGC